AUCCUCUUGCAGUUGGCUUGUUGCUGCCAUUAGCUUUGCUUGCUCCAGUAAUGACCCACGCCUAAUUAAGAACAAAAGCUUCCCUUUUGUCCCCAGAUUAAGAGAGCAAGUAGUAGCUUGUUAGUAUUAGGGAGAAGCUAGAACUGCACAAAGAGAGAUCGAGAACAAGAGUAUUUAGUAGCUAGAUCAGGAUCUAAUUCCCAGCAAGGGCAAGAUACAAGAAAGAACUAACAAUGGCAAGUGAAGCGACAUCCAUCAUCACCAACCCCUUCGCUCCUCUCACCAACCACCACCACCACCACCAGCAGCAGCCGCCGUCACAAGAACACCCUCUCCCUCCUCCAGCCAAGAAGAAGCGCAACCUCCCCGGCACACCAGACCCUGAUGCGGAGGUGGUCGCGCUAUCGCCGCGGGCGCUGCUCGCGACCAACCGCUUCGUGUGCGAGAUAUGCGGCAAGGGGUUCCAGCGCGACCAGAACCUGCAGCUGCACCGGCGCGGCCACAACCUGCCUUGGAAGCUGCGGCAGCGCAGCGGCAAGGAGCCGCGGAAGCGCGUCUACGUGUGUCCCGAGAAGAGCUGCGUCCACCACAACCCGUCCCGCGCGCUCGGCGACCUCACCGGCAUCAAGAAGCACUUCUGCCGCAAGCACGGCGAGAAGAAGUGGAAGUGCGACAAGUGCAACAAGCGCUACGCCGUGCAGUCGGACUGGAAGGCGCACUCCAAGACCUGCGGCACGCGCGAGUACCGAUGCGACUGCGGCACUCUCUUCUCAAGGAGGGACAGCUUCAUCACUCACCGCGCCUUCUGCGACGCGCUGGCGGAGGAGACGGCCAGGCUCAACACCGCGGCCGCGACGUCGCUCUGCGGCCAGAACUACCUCUUAGCCGGCUCCGCCGCGGGGCUGGCCAUGUGCCCUAACAUGAUGCUCCCGCCGGUCGCCGCCGCAGCCGGCGUCGGGGACCUGUACGACGGCGCCGCCCGACACGGCGGACUCUCGCUGUGGGGCAGUGACAUCGACAGGCUGCCGACCAUGGGCCAUAUUGGUAGUAUCCUGGCCGAUGGUGGUGCGCCAAUGCCGCCGCAGCUGUACGCGGAUCUCUUCGCGCCGAGCUCCGGCGCACCGCUGCAGUUCGACGCGGCGCAGCUGGGCUGGCUGUACGGGAACGGCAAGCUCUCGUCGUCGAAUGCCAGUGAGCUGACGAGGGCCUCAGCGGCGGCGACGAAGGAGGCGGACAGCGUGCCGUCUGUGUUCAGCGGCCAGCAGCACGCGAAGCCCGCGGCGCCCACCGACAUGUCCGCGACGGCACUGCUGCAGAAGGCCGCGCAGAUCGGCGCCGUGACGUCCGGGACAGCGAUGCCGCUCGUGGGGGACUUUGUCCCGGCCAAGUCCGGCGCACAGGUCGAGGUGUGCAACAAAUUCGACGGUGGAGCUCUGUUUGGCGCAAGCCAGCAGAACGUGAACUUCGGAGGAACAAUGAGCGAGCUCACGGCGGCCACCGGGAACGUGCCGUACGACGUUAUGUCGGCGGUGCGCCAGGCCGGGCUGAAGUACGCCGUGGGGAGGGAGGAGACUAGGGAUUUCUUGGGCGUUGGCGUGCAAGCGCUGUGCUCCUCGUCGUUGCAUGGGUGGAUUUGAUCGAUCUAUUGAGCCUUACAUGAUUUGCAUGACAAAUCAAGCAUGCAUGUAGCCAUUGAGAGAUCAGUACAAUUCGGCAUGCAGUGUUAAUUCGAAGCUAUAUAUGUAAGCAGACUGAUCAAGGAUUACCAGGCUGUUUAUAUGUGAUUUCAA